AUUUUAUAGGCAGAAGCGUUGCUCGUUCGGCCAUCUUUGUUUGGCUUAAUUUUCAUGUGUGUGGGAUUUGAAGAGAUCUCUUUUCCAAAGUAAUUUAGACUCCGAAAGCAACUGAAAGCGUCGUUACAUUGGAAACAACGACCUGACACACUGCCACCAUGACGCGGACGCUUUGCAUCCUCGUGUUGUUGUUGGUCUGCAUCGGUUACAGCCAGGCCAAGUUUUGCUACAGUUGCGAGGGUUACGCGGGCAGCUCAUGCGACCGUGAGAGCUUCUUCCGGGAAGACCCGAGGAUCGGGAAGAUCGAAUGCCCACGGUUCUGUAUGAAACAAUUCACCAGGGAAGAGGAAACUAAUCGAAAAAUCACAAUACGUGGUUGUGGUGGGGACAACUGCGAGGACAAAUGCGACAACGCGGACGCGUGCGUCUACUGCUGUCAGAUGCAUGACCUGUGCAACGGCGCAGGCGCAGUGACCUUCAGCCUCACGCUGGUUGCCGGGGCGGCCAUAUUGGCACGAUUGAUUUAAUUUCGUAGAUUUGUUUUUCGUGUAGCUUCAUGGCGCAAUCAUAAGUUUCAGUUUUACUUUCCAGGACGAUUUUGCCAUAGUUUAUCAUUUCUGUACAAACAAGCUUUAAAACUGAAUUCAUAGUCAGUAGAAAAUAAGUACCAAAACCUCAUUACUUGUCUUCCGUAUCAAUUAUUAUA